GGUUUGGAUCGUGACGUGAUGGGAUUCUGCGAAAUUGUUACUGAGCAAGAGAAUGCCGGAACGGUGCGGACCGGCAAAAGCAGGGGCUCAGAAGGCGUCGGUGGACUGGGGGAAAAGUGUCUCUUAGACCCGGCGCUCGGUCCGGCCCUCGCCACCCGCGUCGGGGUGGUCGGGUGAAUGUCCUGGGGCUUUGGCUCGACGGAGAGGCGGCCGAGGGCGUGUACCUCUCUUGCAGUUUCCUCUCCCAGCGCCUCGGGGGCGUUUUCAAGCGAAUAAACUUGCGGCCGCCACGUGUGGCGUCUUUCCAAGGGAGCCGGCUCGGAGCGGCCGGCGCGCCCGUCGGGGGGAUCGCGCCGGGCGCGGGGCGCGGGCGGCGGCGAGCGGCGGCAGCGCGGCGGAGCCGGGGGCCGUGGAUGCUGCGUGCGGAGGCGCUGCCGGUUACGUAAAGAUGAGGGGCUGAGGUCGCCUCGCGCUCCUGCGAGUCGGAAGCGCCCCGCGCCCCCGCCCCCUUGGCCGCCGCGCCGCGCCGCGCCGCGCUCGUCGUCCGAGGCCAGGGCAGGUCGAGCCGAACCUCCGCAGCCACCGCCAAGUUUGGCCGCGCCGCCGGGGCUGCUGUCGCCCGCACCAUGUCCGCGGCCGCCUACAUGGACUUCGUGGCUGCCCAGUGUCUGGUUUCUAUUUCGAACCGCGCUGCGGUGCCGGAGCAUGGGGGCGCUCCGGACACCGAGCGACUGCGACUACCUGAGCGCGAGGUGACCAAGGAGCACGGUGACCCGGGGGACACCUGGAAGGAUUACUGCACGCUGGUCACCAUCGCCAAGAGCUUGUUGGACCUGAACAAGUACCGACCCAUCCAGACCCCCUCGGUGUGCAGCGACAGUCUGGAGAGUCCGGAUGAGGAUAUGGGAUCCGACAGCGACGUGACCACCGAAUCUGGGUCGAGUCCUUCUCACAGCCCGGAGGAGAGACAGGAUCCUGGCAGCGCGCCCAGCCCGCUCUCCCUCCUCCACCCUGGAGUGGCUGCGAAGGGGAAACACGCCUCCGAAAAGAGGCACAAGUGCCCCUACAGUGGCUGUGGGAAAGUCUAUGGAAAAUCCUCCCAUCUCAAAGCCCAUUACAGAGUGCAUACAGGUGAGCGGCCCUUCCCCUGCACGUGGCCAGACUGCCUUAAAAAGUUCUCGCGCUCGGACGAGCUGACGCGCCACUACCGGACGCACACGGGCGAGAAGCAGUUCCGCUGCCCGCUGUGCGAGAAGCGCUUCAUGAGGAGCGACCACCUCACCAAGCACGCCCGGCGCCACACCGAGUUCCACCCCAGUAUGAUCAAGCGCUCGAAAAAGGCGCUGGCGCACCCCUUGUGAGGGGCCGGCCGCGCCCGCCCUCCCGCCCGCCCGCCCGCCCGAACUGCUCCCGGCGCCCGGGGACGCGGCCGGCCGCGAG